GCCGGCAGCUCUCUGGCGUCUCCGCUUCAGCCUCGUCCGACCUAGAGGGGGUUCCUUGCCCUGGGCGGGGGGAGGCGUGGAGAAGUGAGAAGACGAGACCAGGCUAGGUCCCCUUAGACCAGGGCCGCCUCUCUCGGCUUCGGAAGCUGCGCGCGGCGUCCAGGGGGCUCCUUCUCCCGGCCGGCGGGCGGCGGCAGCGGCUGCGAUUCGAAUGCUCAAGAUCCGUUGCCCCGAAAUCCGCUGCCUGAGACUUACCUCCUGGCACCUCGAACCGCGAGGGUCAGGGGAGCUUUGCAAAUAGCAGGAGGGAGUGGAUGCAAGGAGGUGGCGAUCCGAGCACCAGCCGGCGCUUCAGCCCCCCCUCCAGCAGCCUGCAGCCCGGCAAGAUGAGCGACGUGAGCCCGGUGGUGGCUGCGCAGCAGCAGCAGCAGCAGCAGCAACAGCAGCAGCAACAGCAGCAGCAGCAGCAGCAAGAGGCAGCGGCGGCGGCGGCGGCAGCGGCGGCAGCAGCGGCUGCGGUGCCCCGGUUGCGGCCGCCGCACGACAACCGCACCAUGGUGGAGAUCAUAGCUGACCACCCGGCCGAGCUAGUCCGUACUGACAGCCCCAACUUCCUGUGCUCCGUGCUGCCCUCGCACUGGCGUUGCAACAAGACCUUACCCGUGGCCUUCAAGGUGGUAGCCCUCGGAGAGGUACCAGAUGGGACUGUGGUUACUGUCAUGGCGGGUAAUGAUGAAAAUUAUUCUGCUGAGCUCCGAAAUGCCUCUGCCGUUAUGAAAAACCAAGUAGCAAGGUUCAACGAUCUGAGAUUUGUGGGCCGGAGUGGACGAGGCAAGAGUUUCACCUUGACCAUUACUGUCUUCACAAAUCCUCCCCAAGUAGCCACCUAUCACAGAGCUAUUAAAGUUACAGUGGAUGGACCCCGGGAACCCAGAAGGCACAGACAGAAGCUUGAUGACUCUAAACCUAGUUUGUUCUCUGACCGCCUCAGUGAUUUAGGGCGCAUUCCUCAUCCCAGUAUGAGAGUAGGUGUCCCGCCUCAGAACCCACGGCCCUCCCUGAACUCUGCACCAAGUCCUUUUAAUCCACAAGGACAGAGUCAGAUUACAGACCCCAGGCAGGCACAGUCUUCCCCACCGUGGUCCUAUGACCAGUCUUAUCCCUCCUACCUGAGCCAGAUGACGUCCCCGUCCAUUCACUCCACCACCCCGCUGUCUUCCACACGGGGCACUGGGCUUCCUGCCAUCACCGACGUGCCCAGGCGCAUUUCAGAUGAUGACACUGCCACCUCUGACUUCUGCCUUUGGCCUUCCACUCUCAGUAAGAAGAGCCAGGCAGGUGCUUCAGAACUGGGCCCUUUUUCAGACCCCAGGCAGUUCCCAAGCAUUUCAUCCCUCACUGAGAGCCGCUUCUCCAACCCACGAAUGCACUAUCCAGCCACCUUUACUUACACCCCGCCAGUCACCUCAGGCAUGUCCCUCGGUAUGUCCGCCACCACUCACUACCACACCUACCUGCCACCACCCUACCCCGGCUCUUCCCAAAGCCAGAGUGGACCCUUCCAGACCAGCAGCACUCCAUAUCUCUACUAUGGCACUUCGUCAGGAUCCUAUCAGUUCCCCAUGGUGCCGGGGGGAGACCGGUCUCCUUCCAGAAUGCUUCCGCCAUGCACCACCACCUCGAAUGGCAGCACGCUAUUAAACCCAAAUUUGCCUAACCAGAAUGAUGGUGUUGACGCUGAUGGAAGCCACAGCAGUUCCCCAACCGUUUUGAAUUCUAGUGGCAGAAUGGAUGAAUCUGUUUGGCGACCUUAUUGAAAUUCCUCAGCAGUGGCCCAGCGGUAUCUGGGAGCCACAUCCCAAAUGUAUCAAUAUAUACAUAUAUAGAGAGAGUGCGUAUAUAUGUAUAUCAAUUAGCUAUCUACAAAGUGCCUAUUUCUUAGAAGAUUUUUCACUCAAUCAUUCAGUCAUGCUCUUGCAACCAUAAGAGGGUAGAUAUCGAGAAGCAAAAGGCCCGAGAGAGAAUCAUAAUCAGGUUUCAGAUUGUUUUCUAUCUAUUUUUCUUUAAAUAGAAAAAGAAGUGUACUUUUACAGACAAAGGAAAAGGUAUUUUUGUCGCUGAUGUUUUGGUCUGUUAUAAAUAACCUGUUCAUAUGCCAAUUCAGAAAGGUGGACUCCAGGUUCAGGAGGAAGAAGAGCAAAGCCGCUUCCUCUCUGUGCCCUGAAACCACACGUCCUCACGGUUGCAGCUGUGUGUGGACCGUGCGCCCCGCAGACCAGCUUACAAAGCUGGUCGAGGCGCACGUAAAGGGGAAGGAGGUGGCGUGGAUGCUUCCACUGCAGUGUGACUGUUCCAAACUGGGCUUCCGCCCCUGCUGCAAGGACUCCUUGGAACUGUUUGGUUCAGUGUUUUUCCUACUUUAAGAAAGUGACUUCAAGUAUACUGGUCAGGAAAGGUUAUUUUAUUUUCCUUUUUUAUACUACCCACCCCUUUCCCAUUUAACCAAAAAGAAAUGCCAUCCUGAAACCCCUCUCCUCCUUUUAUGCAAAACUGAAAAUGGCAAUACCUUCUUAUAGCCAUAAUGGUAUAGAUAGUGUUUGUGUUUGGCUGUGUGUUAUUGUUUUCUUUUUUUUUAAAUUAUGAAUAUGUGUAAAAUCUGAGGUAACUUGCUAAGUGAAUGGUCAUAUAACUUUAAAGAUAUAUUUAUAAUUAUUUAAUGACAUUUGGACCCUUGAAAGAUUUCUUAGUGUAUCGAUAUGUUGACUUCGGUCUCUAAAAGUGCUCUUUAUGAAAUAACAAAUUUCUUCAGUGGGCUAGAGCCAUACCUGAAAUAUUGCUAAGCAAUUUCAGUUCAUCCAGGCACAAUGUGAUUUUUAAAAGUACUUCCAUCUCCAAAUAUUUUAGAUGUAGCUUGUUUUUGUGAUGUAUGAAGGAAAUGUUAUGUUAGUUCUUUCAGAUCUUCGAUUGCCUCUAACACAGCUUUGCCUUUUAAAGCAAUAAUUAGGACUUUAAAAAACAACUCUUAGCCCUUUAUCACUUAUGUUGCCCUUAACCAGCAUGAAAUGCUGGAGUGAUGUGGUUUUCUUAUUUCUUCCAAAUAACGAUGACUCUUGUCAUAUUAAAAAGACAAGCACAAGAGAAUCAUUGAACUGCAGAAAAGUGUUCUGUGGUUUCAUAGUUAAAGCAGAACUCUAAAUCGCCAGGCUUCAUAGUGAAGACGUAGUGAGCCUAAAGCCACACUUGUGGCCAAAGGGCCAAUAAUGGUACACACAGUGCAGGAAAGCAAAAUUGCACCAGAGAUUCUUAACCAACCACCUUAUCGAACAUAGAUCAGGGGAACCCAGAUCUACCCAAGGCCCCAUGGGCAGCUCUCCACAGAAUUUGCAUUUAAAGGAGCAGAUUUAAGUCUUUGUCUUAUGGGGGCAGGGUCAUCUGAAGUGGCAAGCCAGUUCCAGCAGGUAGCUAACUGAUCUGAGAGAACAUACAACCUGUGGGGUCCCAUGUACAGCCUUAGACAUCUGUAGUUCUCACAGUGGACGGCACAGGGAAGGCAGAGCUCAGUGGAGUUUGGUGUCUACUGCUGUCUAUGACUUCAAGCUAAAGCCCUCCUGUAGGAUGCACUUUGACCGGCUCCUGGCAGCCAUGUGGCCAAUUCUCAAGCAUGAAUCCUUAAUCCAAGCCAGGAUCACUUAAUGACACCACCAGGCAAAUCCCUGCCCUCCCCCCACCCCCACAGGUCAGGGCCCCUCUGUUUGAGUUCUGUGCCCCUGUUGCUUCCAGCCCCCAGAGGCCCCUUGCUCUCUCUAGUGAUUCUCAGGCAGGCCCACUUUCUGAGCUGCCAGUGUCGCAGGACAGUCUGAGGGGCUGUUGGACCUGUCUUCCUGCCUGGAAGUCCCCCUUGGAAUCUGUCUUGACUCCUCCUACCAAAAACUGAGGGGAAGCCAAACCAAAACAAAACACUUUGCCUUCUGAAGGUGGUAUACCAAGUAUGCUUAGAUAAAGAAGCCACUUUUCUAUUCCUUAAGUAAGAUGGAAGUAGUAAUUGAUACUAUUUAUUGUUUGUGUGUGGUAGCUUGAAGCAUGCCACUGUCCAUUUAUUUGUAAGUGUAAAAUGUGUGUGUUUGUUUCAGCAGCACUUAAAGAAGCCAGUGUCUGGUUACACAUUUCAUUUUUAAUUAAUUGACAUAAAAAUGUUACCGCCAGUGCCAGCUGUACCCUAUUUAAUAAAAAAAAAGGUACUAUAUUUGUACAUUAUUUUCUAAUGUUAAAAGGGCUUUUUUAAGUUUACAGUACACAUACUAAGUGACCUUAGGGAUGCUUUUGUGUUGAAAUGUUAUUAUAGUGGCUGCAGGCAGCAACCCAGAAACACUUAAGAAAUUUUUUUUCUUGGGAAAAAUUCAAGCACUUCAUCCUUCCACCCUCAUCCAACCACUCCAGUGGGGUAAUUCACAUUUUUAGAUGAAAUUCUGCCCUUUUUUGGCCUGGGGGUUAAAUUUUUCCUUUUUUUUUUUAACUGAACUCUUAAUUUGCACUGGGUCAUGUGUAUGAUUUGAGAUUUCAAGACCAAAGCAAAGUUUUACUUCUGCUCUAGAACCCUGUACUAGCCACCACUCCAUUCUCCUCGGGUUGAGGACCAGGGUUUUUCUUUUUUGUAGCAUCAGCAUCGCUGGAGUUUACAGUGUGACCAACAGUCACUUUUUUUUUUUUUUUAUCUGUUUCAGUUGUCUCACAAGCGCUAACCUCUGUCACAGAGUUCCAGAACAGGUACCACAGCUUUGGCUUUAGAUUAGUGAUGUGACAUCCAGCCUGGAACUGGGAGACUCAACAGAGUAACUAUUGUUUGCCCCUUAGACUGUCUUUACCCCACUAGAGCCUUUCAAAAGUGAGCAGAGACAUGCGCAUGAUUAGUGACCACACGUUGCAGAUUCAGAGGGGGGAUUUGCCUGCUGGCUUAGAGAGCUCCCUCCAUCCCCAGGAACGGGACAGACCCCAGAGUCUAGGCUCAUACAUGGAAACACAGAGCAUUGGCAAAAACGGUAAUUCUAUCUUUGAUGUCCGAAAGAAUGAUAAUUACUGAAAUAAAUAAAAGACAACUCUUCUAAACAUUGAAUUUGUUAUCCUUAAAAAGAUAAUUCAUUUAAAAAUACUUUCUAUGUGAGAAUUUUUUAGAUGUUUGUUUACUUCAUGUUUACAAAUAACUGUUUGCUUUUUACUGCAGUACUUUGAAAUAUAUCAGCCAAAACCAUAACUUACAGUAAUUUCUUAGGUAUUCUGAAUAAAAUUCCAUUUUUUGGAUAUGCUUUACCAUUCUUAGAUUUCUGUGGAACAAAAAUAUUUGUAGCAUUUUGUGUAAAUACAAGCUUUUCAUUUUUAUUUUUUCCAAUCGCUGUUGCCCAAGAUUUGCUUCCCGUGCACAUAUUGUACAAACCCUGCUUUGUGCCACAGGUCACGCUCGUGGGCGAGUUCGAGCUCCACUUCAAAGGGACUGUUUGUAUUGUAUGUUGCAACUGUAAAUUGAAUUAUUUGGCAUUUUUCUCAUGAUUGUAAUAUUAAUUUGAAGUUUGAAUUUAAUUUUCAAUAAAAUGGCUUUUUUGGUUUU